CGGACGGGUUGGGGCUGCGGUUGGAGCCGGUGCUGGGCGCUGACUGGUCUCCCCCGCCCGUUCUCUCCCUCUAUUCGGUUCCGUCCGCCCCGCCGGGCUCGGGGGGGCAGACUCUGCCCGCCUCCUGUCCGCGAGGAGCGCGGCGGGAUGGCGGCCGGUGGCUACGGGCGGUACAGGACCACGAUCUUCGCGGCCAUGUUCGUGGGGUACACACUGUACUACUUCAACCGCAAAACCUUCUCGUUCGUCAUGCCCGCUGUCAUGGCCGAGGUGCCGCUGGGGAAGGACGAGCUAGGUCUCAUCACCAGCAGCCAGUCCGCCGCCUACGCCAUCAGCAAGUUCGUCAGUGGCAUCCUCUCUGACCAGAUGAGCGCCCGCUGGCUCUUCUCUUCUGGCCUGCUUAUGGUGGGCCUGGUCAACGUGGUCUUCUCCUGGAGUUCCACUGUCACCGCCUUCGCCGGGCUCUGGUUCCUCAACGGCUUGGCCCAGGGGCUGGGCUGGCCACCCUGCGGGAAGAUCCUACGGAAAUGGUUUGAGCCUUCUCAGUUUGGGACAUGGUGGGCAAUCCUGUCUACGAGCAUGAAUAUGGCUGGAGGCUUAGGCCCCAUUGUUGCUGCUCUCGUGUCUCUGCACUACGACUGGCGCAUGACGCUGUCCUUCUCUGGCUUCAUCUGCGUGGCCGUCUCUUUUGUUUGCCUUGUCCUGAUUAAAAAUGAGCCGUCAGAUGUUGGGCUGCCCAACAUCGAACAAGGAGUCAAGAAAGGGAAGAAAGGUUCCUCCAGUGACAACAGCACUUUGAAAGAGCUGCUGCUUUCGCCCUACCUCUGGGUGCUCUCAACAGGCUAUCUGGUUGUUUUUGGGGUGAAAACAUGCUGUACUGACUGGGGCCAGCUCUUCCUGAUCCAGGAGAGGGGACAGUCCAUGCUCGUGGGUAGUUCCUAUGUGAGUGCCCUGGAGAUCGGGGGUCUGGUGGGAAGCAUUGCUGCUGGAUACCUUUCUGACAGAGAAGUAGCAAGAGUGGGUCUGUCAAGCCAUGGGAAUCCUCGGCAUGCACUGUUGCUCUCCAUGAUGGCCGGGAUGUGUGUGUCCAUGUUCCUCUUCCGUGUGACAGUCACAGGCGAUUCUCCAAAGGAAAAUCACUUCUGGACUGUAGCCUUGCAACCUCUAGCUGAUCUCACAGGCCUAAAAGAAAAUGAGCUGUGGAUCCUGACUUUAGGAGCUGUGUUUGGGUUCUCCUCCUAUGGGCCCAUCGCCCUGUUUGGGGUCAUUGCCAAUGAAAGUGCCCCAUCCAACCUGUGUGGCACCUCCCAUGCCAUUGUGGCCCUCAUGGCCAACGUUGGGGGUUUCCUGGCUGGACUCCCUUUCAGCACCAUUGCUAAGCACUACAGCUGGGCUACAGCCUUCUGGGUAGCCGAGAUCACCUGCACUGCCAGCACGGUGGCUUUCUUCCUGCUGCGGAACAUCCGCACCAAGAUGGGCCACAUUCCCAGGAAGGCUGACUGAGGAGAGGAUGCUCCCAUGACAGCAUGAAUGAUGCUCAUUUUCUGUUUAACUGGCGUAGGAGUGAGUUUACCAAUUGCUGCAACCUAGAUUAAAAAAAUGUCUUGAUUUCUCCUCCACUGUCAUGCGCCCAAGGGCACGAGGUUCCUGCUACUGAUCACUGUUUCCCUCCUGAUGUGAUAAUUCAGCUUGUUUACAUUUGCAAUGAUUUCACAGUACCUCCUCCUCAUAGCACUGUUGGUGAAACGAGUGGGGUGCCCAGCCCCAGCUUCUCUCCACCAAACCCACUCUGGAAUGACAGGCUUCAGGGGCUAUCAAGUUCAGUUUUGUCCUUUCUUUGUCCUGGCCACUAACUGUUGGCUCAAGGCCACUGGCGCCAGCCUUCACUGCAUUGGUUCAGCCCCUCCAGCCACUGUUCUGGUUUGCUUAGGCAAAAGCUCCCAGAGCAGUGAGUGGUGACGACUGGUGGUAGUGAAGUUCAGGAUCUCAUUGCAAGCAGCUCAUCUGCCAUUGGGCCCCAGGGUGGUGUUUUUCUCGGGACAAGGCUGAUACAGAGCUGUGUCGGGUCCCUGGGUAGGAACAGGCCUGUUUCCAGGGAACCCUGGAGUCUUGGGGGGAGCAUUUGGAGAAACUCUUGUUGAUCCGGUCCUGCCUGCCAUGAUCUCUGUUUGUGUUAAUUAAUGUCUCUGGUGUUAAUGAUUGGCCAGGAGGCAGCUACUGCCAGCUUGGUGGUAGUGAGCGCUCUGCACUCCAUCCCAGAGUGCUGACCCAGCAGCAGGAAUUGUCUCAGCUGCUCUGCGGUGGUUUUCCUGGAAACAGCCAUUUCUAGCACUGUCUUGGGUUUUUUCAGUACAAGAUGUCAUUUAGGAUGUUUUGGUCAGAGCUGCAUCUCUGACAGCGGCCUCAGGGCUGUCUCUUGAGUGUCAGCCAUGCAUAGUCAGACCCAGUGCUUGGUGCAAUAAUAUGACUCGGUUUUUUACUGGGAUUUUGUGGCUUAGUGUUUUUUUUUUUUCCCUGGAAGAGGCAGGUUCAGCUCUUGAAGAACCUGCACACAGGUACUUUGCUGACCAGCUUGGUUGCAAGAGUAGGUAGCCAGCCUUAAUUAAAACAAUGAAAGCAAAUUAUAUUUUGUACUUAAUUAUUUGAUCCACUAUCUGUGAAAUAAAAAUGAAACAGUGUCACAAAG